ACUACGAAUAGCAGCCCACAAUGGUAAACAACCAGCAGCAAUCUGCUGUCGCCCAGAAAGCAAACUGUACCGACUUACACAACCAGCAAGACCUGCGUGUACUACCUUUUUUCCAGCGACUUCAUCGAUUAUCUUGUCGGGGGGCGACCGCUCCCGCAAUCUUAGGCGUGCGCUGCUCAUACGGCAUCAAUGGAGCUCUGCUCCGACACCAAGUCGACCUAGAGACCUGGACCGCUCAUUACACAGGUUCGGGGCCGGAUUCCAAACAGCAGGCUCUGGCAGACAAAGAGUUCUUUGCGAGUCGAGAACGAUCUCCCAAGCCCGUGGUGCUAGGGCUUGACAAGGCAGACCAUGCUGUUCGCUAUGCCUUGGAUGCCGGCUUGAUCGACGCUGGUUGGAUAGAGGGUCUGGAGGUCAAGGAUCCCUCUCCGGAUCUACGCAAGGCACUGCAGGGUGUGAGUCUCAUAAUUUAUGCGGGCGGCGUCAUCGGUAGAUCAAGCAACCUCUGGGUCGCUAGCACUGUGAUUGGGACACCCUCCUAUGAAGAGAUAGCGACUGAAUUGACAGAGCACGGGCUUGUGACCGAGAGGCUUCCGGGCGUUGUGCUUCCAAAUCUGAUUGCGGAUCUCGGCGGUGUUCAGUUGACGGACGCUGAUGGCGUGGCUUGA